AUGUCAGGACAAGAAAGUGAGGAAAACAGCAAUAAGGAGGAAGAAGCCACCACAAACAGCAAGAAAUGCAGUUUUAAAAAGAAAUGUGGAAAGCAUCUUGGUGUUAGCAAAAAAGUCACCGAGUCAGAGUCUGUAAAGUCAGUUGCAGUGCGAAGUGGUGAAGGCUCUUCUCAGAAACGUGACUUGCUGCAGGAGGCACUCAAUGCCAGGCCUGGGGAAAAGCACAAUGAGGAUCUCAGCUUAAAGGAAGCUUCUGAGCAGAAGUCAGAUUCUCAGUCUAAAGGCAGUAUGGCACAGGGAAAAGGUGAGAGAACUGGGAAAAGGCAAGUCAGAAAAUAUACCAGGAUUAUUGUCACUGAAAGUGCAGAAGAAGAUAUCCUGGCAACCUCAGAGAACUCGUGCUCUGACUCCAGCAAUGAAAGCCGUUGGACCCAUAAAGCAGUUACAGGAGAGACUGUGGUGGACAGCACUGCAAGCAGUGAAGAAAAGAGUAGUUCUUCAGAGGAAGGGAGCAUCAGUGAGAAGGAAGCCAUGCUUGAAGGUCCUCCUAUGGCUGAAGGAAAAGGCCUUAAGGAAGUGAUUGAUGAAAGCAACAAAGCAUCUAUUGAAACUGAAAGGGAGCAGGUAAAUGCAGAUGGAAGUAAUCAGUCUGAGACAGAUGAGAAAAAGAAGGAAGAUGGCCUGCCCAGUCAACCAAAAUCUAUUCUACCUGAGAGCAGUGAGGAAGAUGAUGACAUAGGCAUUUUAGGAUUCCAACUUAAAAGCCUCAAGAACAGAGAAAGUGGCAAUAAUGAAGAAGGCAAGGAAAUGACAUUAGAAAAUGACAAAGUUAAAGCUAAGUCAAAAGGUACAGCUAAUUCUGACAGCAAUGGGGAGAGCAACACUGAAGAGAGCAUUGCCAAAAAUGCAACAGAACAACCACUGCCCACUGCUGUGACAGCAAAAACCCAAGUACUUCAAGGAACUGAACAGCAAGAGGUGGUGGAUCAUGAAAAUGGCACACAGGAAGACAGCCCUUUGCUCACCAAGCAGCAGAUGACAUUGAAAGAGAAAACCAGGAGGUGUGAGACUGCCAUGGUAGGACAUACACAGAGGGGCAGUUCUUCAGACCGCAGCAGGCAGGACGUAGCAGUGAUGACGCUUACAAAGAAAUGCUCUUCUCAGUCCCAAAUCCUUCUGAGUCUGAAAAAGAAACAUAAAAAUGCUGAGACCAAACUAUUAACAAGCUGUAAACCAAAUCCUGUCCAGAUGGCUUUGGAAGCCAACUCUGACCUAAAAAAUGUUGAAAGCAUCUGUUCAAAACCCAUGACUCUAGAAACCCUCGGUAGGCAGAAAGAACCCGACGUAGCUCAGAGUUAUGGAGAGAAAAGAUCAAAUCUUUCAAAUAUUUCAAGCUGCUCCACUAUUACAAAAAUUUCAUCUGAUAAGCAAUUCCUUGGCAAAAAGAAGAAAGUUGGAAAAGCUAUUGGAAAAAUUAAACUGAGUUCAGGCCAGACUUUAGAGGCAAAAAAAGGGAAAGUAGAAGUAGUUGUUGCAGAGGCACCUUCUGAAGAAGAUGUGCUUGAUGGAGCGGGAUCUAAGGACUUGCACACCCAUUCUGCUUUUAGAAAAGUCACCAGCUGGCUUGGUCAAAAACCUGCCAAGAGAGCAAGCCUGAAAGCUCAUCUUCUGAAUGUGGCACGUGCAAUUGGUAUUUCAAGAUGGCUCUUGAAGAAAUUUGGAAAGAGGAAGAAAAGCAGCAAACCUUUUGGAUUCGGGAGUAGAGUAGCACUGCGGCUUACUGCAGAAUCCAAAGUCACACCUUCUGUUCACUGGUCUCAGCAGCAGGCUCAGGGAUGCGAUCCUGCAGCAUGGCUGAACUCUGAAUUGCUGCUGCCACGACUAACCAUUGAGAACCUAAGCAAAUGGACCAUCUACAAGGACUCACAUCUGGCCAAUGGCCGUGUGAUGAAGGUCUGCAAGGAUCAGUGGGAGGCAGAAGACGUCACUGACAAUAUGCUAGAGAUGGAAUUCAUGCACAAACAGACUUACAUUGGGCAAAUUUUGAUUUCUGUGAAUCCUUUCAAAGACCUCAGUAUCUACUCUGAAGAUGUGGCUACCCAGUACCACCAAGGGACUCUCUCAAAAAAUGCCCCACACAUCUUUGCAAUAGCAGAAAUGGCCUACACGCUAUCCCAGUCAUCAGAGCAAGAGCAGUGUGUCAUUAUCAGUGGGCACAGUGGAUCAGGCAAAACAGAAGCUGCCAAAGCAAUUGUGCAAUACCUGACCAUGCUGUACCAGAGAUCAGACAGCCACAGGAUCAGACAGCCCUGCAAUGUCCUACCCAUCCUAGAGAGUUUUGGGAAUGCCAGAACCAUCCUCAAUGACAACUCAAGCCGUUUUGGAAAGCUUCUGAGUGUCCACCUGCAACAUGGCAUGGUGGUGGGAACAUCCAUCUCCCAAUACCUGCUGGAGAAGUCUCGUGUGGUAUUUCAGGCCCAUGGUGAGAGGAACUACCACGUGUUUUAUGAGUUACUGGCUGGGCUGCCUGUGGAGCAGAAAGAGGAGAUGUACUUGCAAGAGGCAGAGUCUUACUUUUACCUGAAUCAGGUGACAUCUUAUGAUCGGAUCUUCACUCCUCUGUCUGUAGAAGGAGCCAUUGAUGCCAGGGACUCCAUUGCCAAGACUCUGUAUUACCUGCUCUUUGAAUGGCUGCUGCUGCAAAUCAAUGAGUGGUUGGCUCCCCAGGAAUCAGACUGUGCCCUGGGCAUUGUGGACAUCUAUGGUUUUGAGGAUCUAGGUGUGAACAGCUUAGAGCAACUCUGCAUCAACUUUGCCAAUGAGCAUCUCCAGCAUUUUUUCAACCAGACUGUCAUUGCCCAGGAAGAGGAGGAAUAUAGCCAAGAGCAGUUAGCUUGGAUUCCUAUUUCCAGGACAUACAAUGAGUCAUGCCUAGAUUUCAUUGCUGCAAAACCCCAUGGCAUCCUGUGUAUCCUGGAUGACCAGACUUCACUCCCUCAGGCCACUGACCACACUUUCCUCCAGAAGUGUCAUUACCAUCAUGGAAACAGCCCUUGGUACACCAAGCCCAAGUUGCCUUUGCCAGUCUUCACCGUGAAGCACUAUGCAGGCCCUGUCACCUAUCAGGUUCACAAGUUUCUUAAUAAAAACCGUGAGCAGCCACGUCCAGAGGUGCUGGACAUCUUCUCCCAGAGCCGCCUCCAGCAGUCAAAUAUCUUUGAUGUGGAGUAUGUCACUUGUCAGCUGCGACAUUCUGGGAUUCUGGAGGCUAUCCACAUUAGGAAGGAGGGAUACCCAAUCCGUGUGCCAUUCCAGAACUUCCUAGCCAGGUAUGGCCUCCUGGCUGGGCAAAAGCACAUGGAGGAGAGAGAAGGCUGUGAGGCAGUGCUGUCUCAUGUGGUGGGGAACCUCUCAGAUCUCUAUCAGAUUGGAGUAACAAAGGUCUUUCUGAAGGAGAAGGCCAGGCAGCUGCUAGAGAGACAAUGGAACCAGAGGCAGAGAUGGGCCGUUGUUACUCUGCAGAGGAACUUCCGACGGCUCCUUCGCCGCCGACGCCUCCGUGUCCUCCAGGAGAAAGUCACAAUCAUUCAGGCUCACUUCCGAGGUUACCAGGAUGUGGGAUUACUGGAGAUCCCUGCAGAGCUUGCUGCCCUCCUGCAGCUGGCUGAAGCUCAAUACAAAGCACACGCCAACCAGAUAACUGAGACAUUGCCUCCAGAAGUUAAGGUCAAAGAUGGCCUUUCCCUGCCACCCACCAUCAACAGCUAUCCUUUCUCCUCCUUCAUUAAGUCACACUUCCAGAAGACAGAAUUCCCUGCCCCUGGGCAGCCUCUGAGGCAUGCUUUAACCCAUCUGGACCCUGAAUACCAUGAGAGUGCACUUGAGAUCAACAAACUGAUCUUGCGGUUCAUUGGUGACAACAAUCUCCAUGGCUGGCAGGAGGCAUUUCUGGGCAACUACAUUGCUUGGAGAGGUUUGAAUAAUGUGGCUCUACGUGAUGAAAUCUUCAGUCAGGUGGUUACCCAGGCAUGGAAAAACCCAGACCUAGAGCACAGCCAGCGAGCUUGGGUCCUGAUGGCGAAUUUGCUGAGCUGUUUUACACCUUCACCAGCACUGGAGAAGCCGUUGCUGAAGUUUGUGUCAGACCAUGGCAUGGAAGGCUACAAUGCUGUUUGCCAGCGCAAGAUCUUGACAGCAGCAGCGUAUGCAGAGAUAGACUCUACGCUCUCUCGGGCCUACCCUCCCACUCAGCUGGAGUGGAAUGCAAACCAGAAGAGAGGGAAAAUGGUGCUGGAUGUGCAUACUUUUACUGAGGAGAAGUUCUCAGCUGAGGUGGAGUCCUGGAUGACUGGGGAGCAGUAUGCAAGCUUGGUCCUGAGUGCAAGUGGCUGUGAUAAGAAGUCUCAGGGAUGGUCCAUCUCCAUGUUCACUGGCAACACAUGGCAGGACCUGCUGGGCUGUGACUUCGUGCUGGACCUCAUGGGAGAGAUGGAGGAGACCAGCAACUUCAGCAUCCUCUCUCAGUCCUCAUCUGAAUACCCUAUCACUCCAGGAAGGGAUAGAAGCCUCUUCCAGAACUCUGACCUGGAUUACAGGAUCCCUCCUGCUCCAGGCAUACGGGCCCCUACCUUCCCACCACCUAGCCUGCCUCCAGGAUUCAACAGUCUCUAUCCAGAUUCAAGAUUCAGAGAUAACUCGAGGACCCCUGUGGGCUUGGAUCACUAUGUGGAUGAUCUCUUCAGCACUGUGCUGCAUCAAGGCUCCAGAGUAUCAGAUAUGGAGGACAAAGAGGUUCUGACUGGACGCAUGAAGGGAGGUGGGAAAAUUGGACCCACACAGAGAGGAAUCUUUCCUUCUACAGGCUUCUCUGGAAUGACUCAAGCACCAGUUUACCAGCCCAUGCCUUCGAUGAUGGGGAUGCCAGCAGCCAUGCCUAUGAUGCCAGCAGCACCUAUGCCAGCCAUGGUUAUGCCUCAGCCUGUGGUUCCAGCUGUAGAUCCCAAUCAGUUAGCAGCACAACAGCAAGCCUUUAUCAACCAGCAAGCCAUGCUCAUGGCCCAGCAGAUGACCCUUCAAGCCAUGAGCCUUUCCCAGCAACAGCAGCAACAGCAGCAGCUGCAACAGCCGCGGUGGCAACGGUCUCCUGAGAGCUCAAGGCCAAGAGUCUCAAGUCAGCCACAAGCCCCAGCUCCAGCCCCAGCACCAGUCACUUCCCCAAAACCCAAGAAGCCUCCCAGCAGCCAGAAUGCUGCACCACCACCUAUGGCUCCAGAACCACCAGCUGAGGCAGAAAAACCGGUUUAUGACUACACGGGAUACCAGUCCUCCAACAGUGAAGAUGAUGAGUAUCCUCGGGAAACUUUCCAGGAGAAGAGAGAAUAUUUUCAGAAGAUGGGAGAGCAAAGGAUCCGAGUGAAGAAAGUCAAACCUCCUACCAAAAUCUGGACCCCUCCAGUAAAUCCCCAGCCAAAACAGGAGAAGGAAGAGGAGGAGGAGAAGAAAGAACAGAAGCCUAUCCCUGAAACACAGAAAGCUCCUGCUCCUCUUUUGCCACCUCCUGAGCCAAAGCCCAAAAAGCUGAUUCCAAAAGAGCCGAAGGAGGCACCUGUAGUGAAGCCUUUGGGCGCCGAGUCACGGCCUGCGCCCAGCCGGGAGAUCCGCAACAUCAUCAAAAUGUACCAGAGCAGACCAGCCCCCGAGCCCCAGCCCAUCGAGCCUGCCAGGAGAGUGUCCAAGCCGUUCUUCAAGAAGAAUGACCCCAAAAAUGAGGCUCUGGCCAAGCUGGGAAUGAUGAACCACCCACCUCCCAGAGCACCAUCUCCUCUGCCACAAGAGAAGAAAACACCUCCAGAACCACUUCCUAAGCCCAAGCCAAGCACAGCUUCCAGCUCUAUCAAAGAGAAGCAGUUGCCCCUCCUGUCUAUCUUCAGACAGCCAAGUACCCCACCAGCUUCCCAGGCCCCUUCUGCUCCCCCUUCUCCCCCACCAUUGCCUUCACCUCUCCUGCCUGGGAACCAAGGCUUGCAGGAAUCCACAGGGAAGAACUCUGCUGUAACAGUGGAAGAAGAUGAUAGGAUCAAGACUCUGCUGUACAAGCUUACCAGCAGUGUCAGCUUUUCCUACGCCAGCCCUGCCUGGAAGAUCUUUCUGCGCAAAGAGGUGUUUUACCCCAAGGAAAACUUCAGCCAUCCUUAUUGUCUGAACUUACUGUGUGAACAGAUCAUGCGAGACACCUUCUCCGAUUCCUGCUUUCGGAUCUCCAGGGACGAGAAGCGCAAGAUGAAAGACCUACUGAUGCAGUUGCGGGUUGGCAAUGAUGUCCAGGCCAUUCAGGAGGAUGGGAUUAAGAAGAGGAUUGUCCUGGCUGCUCGGGAUAACUGGGCCAACUAUUUCUCCCGCCUCUUCCCAGUUCACGGAGAAAAUGGAAGUGAUGUCCAGAUCCUGGGUGUUUCCCACCGAGGCAUGCGGCUGCUGAAGGUGGUGAAAGCUGCUGGCUACAACCCUGAGCACCUGAAGAUUCUUCACAGCUACAGCUUUGCAGAUGUGCUGUCAGUGGAACUGAAGAGCAGCAGUACCCUGGAGUUCUCUCUGAAGGCAGAGCAGCUCCGCCUGCACUCUCUGAAGGCUCCAUGCAUCAAAGCCAUGGUGGAACUCUUCAUCCAGAAGCUGAGAGAGGAUACCAACUACGUUGUCGCUCUGCGCAGCUACAUCACGGAUGACAAGAGCCUCCUUAGCUUCAAGAAGGGUGACCUCAUCGAGUUACUGCCCAUGCAAAACGUGGAGCCAGGCUGGCUGUUCGGCUCCACCGGCGGCCGCUGUGGCAUUUUCCCCACCAGCCUGGUGCAACUGUCUGCAGCCCCUGAUUACCUCAGCACCAGCAUGGACAGGCGUGGAAGGCUGAGGAGGAGCAUGAAAGCUUCCCCAGAGGACAAGAACACCAGCAGGGAGAGUUCUGUUCCCAGCCUGAUGUCAGAACCCAGCAGUAUCAUGUUAGUGCCUGCUGGUGAUCAUUACACCAUGAUGGACUUCGCCACAGCCUACUUCCGAGAGGCUCAGUCCAUGCAGGGACUGAAGGGGACACCUGCUGAAAAGAAGCAUGCAGCUGACCUGGUGCAGUACACCAAGGUCCCAAUCCAGGCCUCUCUGCUCCAGUAUGCUGACAGUGAGCUGAAUGAGCUCUCUACAAACAACUUCAGGACUCUGAUGCGGUUCAUGGGAGAUCAAUCAAAACCCAAGAAUCAGAAUGAGAUUGACUGCAUCUAUGAAAUCCUUCAGCUGUGCAAGGAGAAGGAGAAUUUGCACGAUGAGAUCUACUGCCAGGUCAUCAAACAGGUCACCCACAACCCUAACCAAGAGAGUUUGAUGCGUGGUUGGUUGCUCCUGAACCUGCUAACUGGGUACUUCCUCCCUUCCAACAUCCUGAUGCCCUAUGCCACCAAGUUUCUGCAGCUGGCCAGCGUUGAUCCAUCUAGCACCCACCACGAAAUAGCCAAGAUUUGUCAGAGCAACCUGAGGAAAAAUGUCAUGUACGGGGGGCGGCGGCACCUUCCUUUCCCUGUGGAGCUGGAGGCGUUGCUGAAGGGGCGCAGCGCCCGCCGCCUGCAGAUACUGAUGCCUGGAGGUGUGGAAUACCUCACCAGAAUCAAGACAUUCACUGUGGCCAAGGAGCUCUUGCAGGAGAUCUGUGAGCAGAUGGGGGCAGGUGAAGAGGAAGAGAUGCAGGAAUUUAUUCUUGUGGCCGUCAGGAGUGACAGCAAUAACCUCGGUAAAGCAGUGAGGCCAAUAAGAUGGGAGGAGUACCUUCAUGAUUACCUGCUGGAGGACGAUUUGGUCACUGUGACUUUACGCAGGCUCACCUGGAAGACACCUCUGCACUUUGAGAAUAAGAUUUAUACUGAAGUCCAUUAUGGACAGGUGCUGUGGGAUUACCUGCAUGGAAGGAUACUGUUGAAGCAUAGUAAAGAAAUGGAGGUGCAGGUGGGCAUUUUGGCAAUGCUCCAGCACUGGGCCAAAACAGAGGAGCCAACCUCUACUCUUUCCAGGGAAGAGCUGAUGGAGUACACACCAAAGUCCCUCCAGUCCUCCAUUGAUGCCCAGGCUCUGCAGAACCAGGUUGUGAUGCAGCUGAGGACCAGGCAGCCCCUCCAGCCAAGGGAUGCAAAAAUCCAGUUCCUAGAGCACAUGAUGCAAUUACCUUUCUUUGGCUACAACAUCUACUAUGUAGAGAGAGUGAGCGAUGACACGAUCCCUGUGCCCUGUUUCUUUGGUGUGAAUAAAGAGGAGCUCAUUGUGGUGGAUAGCACCACCCAGGUGAUCUCCCGUGUCAUCCCCCUGAAAGAGCUGCAGAGGAUGAGGACCCUGCAGCCAGUCUCUGACGGGGGGCUGUAUGGCAUAGAGCUGAACUACGGCUCAGCUGCCAACCCCAAGACUAUGUGGAUUGAGCUGUCACAGGCUAAAGAAAUGUAUCACACACUUGUUGUCAUCCUGGAUAAAGCAGAGCUGCUGCGCUAG